CAUGUCUCAUUCGUAAACAACAGAGUACCCGGAGUCUUUGCUUUCUGUUUAUUUUUUAUCAAGCAUUGCUUUUUGGCCUUUAUAUUCGCUUCGUUGAAACGAAAUAGAAAAUUUCGAAGAUUCUAUAACAAAAUUCUCAACGUUUAAAUUUUAAAUAUGAGCAAUCCCCAGGAUGAAUUGUGUCCACCACCAUCGGAAGAUGACGAACUGACAUUACCACGUGCUAGCAUUAACAAAAUAAUCAAGGAAUUAGUUCCAUGUGUGCGUGUUGCAAACGAAAGUCGCGAACUUCUCUUGAAUUGCUGCUCUGAAUUUAUACACCUCAUUAGUUCCGAAGCUAAUGAAGUAUGCAAUGUUAGAAAUAAGAAAACUAUUAAUGCCGAACAUGUUUUGGAAGCGCUCGAUCGUCUGGGAUUUAAAGAUUAUAAACAGGAAGCAGAGGCGGUGCUCAACGAUUGUAAAGAAGUUGCAGCAAAACGGCGUCGACAAAGCACGCGUCUUGAAAAUUUGGGCAUACCAGAGGAGGAAUUACUCAGACAACAGCAGGAACUUUUUGCCAAGGCUAGAGAGGAACAAGCCCAAGAGGAGCAACAACAGUGGAUGAGUAUGCAAGCUUCAUCGGUACAACAAAGUCGACAGAUGCAAGAGGAUGAUGACGAAGACGACGAUGAUUAUUAGAAGCGUGCCUAUGAUUAAGAACGAAUAGUACUAAGAAUUAAGUAGAUUUACAGUUUCUAUAGAUAAAUUUGCGUAAAAUCGAUUUUGGUAUACGUAAAAAAUGAUGUAGAAGUCACAUUUUUCUAUGAUUGAAAGAAAGAAUUUAAUAAACUUGCAUUCAUUUGUAAAUAUAUAUUUAAAAA